AUGGAUGUAUCAUAAAAGUAAUAAAAUUUAAAUUCGAAAAUUGUGAAGGAAUUUCAAACUAAAAUAGCAAAUUUUACAUUCAUUUUUAAAUAGCUCAAAGAUAGCUUAUUAACAAUUUACACUAAAUUCUCUUCAUAGUUAGAAUAAUUUAGUUCAUAAUUAUAUGAAUAUGAAAAUAUUAUACCUAAACAGAAUGUAGACAUUACCCAUGAUUUUACAAUAAAAACAAUUAAAAAUAAGAGCAAAUAGUUGUCAACCUAAAAUAAACUCUUAAGUAGAUAAAAAAUAAAUAUUGAAUUAACUAAAAAAUGUUUCUUUCCAAGAGUUUCAGAAUAAAACUCAAAACCUAUUAGAUUGAAUUUAAUUAGCUAUUGGAAGGCUGAGUCUUAGUAAGUAAUUGAGAAAUAACUUUUUGAGGAGCUCAAAAUUUGCUAAAGCCCAUAAAAUUAUGAUUGGAGAUGCAAAAAGCAUGAUAAAGAUAUACUCAUUGUAAGAUAGAGAAUCAUAUAAUCAAAUCAUUUACUAAAAUGA